AUGCCCUCUACUGCAAUCAUCGCAGACAUUCCCCACGCUCUGUUCCACGGUCCGCUCUUCAAGGAGGGAGAAAAAAACCUCGUGUAUCUACCCAAGCUGCUGCAUGUCAUCGGCAUGGGCAUGGGAAAGGCAUUGGAUCCGCAUGGUAUGCACAUCAGCUCCGAACCGGAGGACUCCGACUGGCUGUGGGGCGAGUCGCUUGAGCGCUGGGAGAACAAUACCGCUUGCUUCCACACUAUCUACAAUGUGCUCGACCCGAAGACCAGGCGGCAGGUGGAUGCCGACAGAACCUUUCCUGGGAACCUGGUGGACAGCAUGGCGCUGCAAGCGGCCUUAUGGGUAAUACACGCCACGUUUACCUCCGCACACACUCGCCUCAAUACUCCCGGAGUGUCUUCUGGUGUAUUAAAGGGGCCCUAA